GGGGGCGCCCUCCCUGGGAAACGGAGCGGGGGGGACAUGAUGGGGGACGCCUUCAGCUCUUGCGCCUAAAGACAUUUAAUCGCCCGCCUGCCUGCCAGGGAGGGAUAAGAAACCGACCAUUCCUUCCCUAGGAGGAGAGGGAGAGAAGGGCCUGCCUGCCUGCCUGCCUGAUUCCUUCCUUCCCUCUCUGCUUCCUUUCUUCCCUUCUUCCUUCAGGCAAAUUGGCAGACCUUCAUUAAAAAAAAGGUUUGAUGGCUACUCUGAGUGUUAAUCAUGGAGAUUAAAUUAGAAGUUUUAGCCUCCACUUGUAUCAAGCAAAGGAAGCCAUGGCCUCGAAUAACUUGGCUGGGACAGGAAAAGGAGGCAGUUUUUCUUUUAGAUGACAGAAAUAUAAAUGAAAUUAACCUGCUUUCGGGAAGGACAAAGAAGGAGGUUCCCCAGUUACGUCCCUUGCUGAAAAAUGUUGUUAUGUUAACAUCAUCAAGAAACGGAGCUUGGCUGGCUGGGAUACUUAAAACAGGUGAGCUCUUCCUUUGGAACAAAGACCAAGAUGCUACAACAACUGUUCCUGCAACUGAAGAAUCUAAGGAAGUAAUUAUAGCAGCACAAGAAUGUUCUAUGAGGUUGCACCUGUAUGUUUCCGGUAAUGGACAAAAAGUGCUUCUCACUACUCCAAUGGCUCAUAUCUUUCUGUGGGAAAGCACAGUGUGUAAAACUACAUCAUCUAAACAUCUCUUGAUGGGACGGUGGUCACAAAUUAUUCCCAAAGCAUCAAUUGUGUUACCAUCUGCUGAAGACAGAGAAACUUCAGUGACAGCAGACUUCAUCAAAAAUGAGGUGCUGGGAGAUUGCUGCUUGUGUUGUUUUGCAUUUUGUUCUGAGGAGCAUUUGAUGCUGACAUUUUUGGAAAUUAGAUGGCAGGAGAUCAGUUUCACAAGUGCUAACUCUUUUCCAUGUAGGAUACAGUGGGCACAACAAACAUGCUCUCUGCCUGGUCUGAUUCCUCAGUGUGAACCAAUGAAAUCCAGAGGCACUCUGCUCACUGCUUUUUCAGGAGAUGGCCUAGUGCUUGCAAUAGGUGUAAAUCAAAAGAAUCUACAGGCAACUCAGGUUUUGUUUAUGAACACAACGGAUUGUAUUACUGUUUCUGGUAGUCUUAAAGGUUGUGGUAGCAAGAAUAACAAAAUUCCAUCAAAGUUGAUAAGGUCGUAUUGGAUUGCUGACAUGAGCUGGACACCUGAUAGCCUUUUUUUGGCUUGCAUGUUAAAACGUGGGUCACUGAUCUUAAUGACUUGUUUGGGUGAAUUGCUCACUCUAGUCACUCACGGAUGCUCUGUAGAAUUUGGACCUGCAGAAUUUAUUCCUCUUCAUCCACGGAUAACCUAUAGAUCACAGCACACUUUGUUGCAAGAUUCAACUCACUCCCAUGAUUCAUCAGCCUCUGAAGGGGACCUUCUAAGGCAGAGAUUUUCUGUAACAUCACACCCAAGUUUACCCUACCUCAUUGCUUCUGAUGGGUACCUCAUCACAGUUCUUAGAUUUUCUGACAGUUUUUCACCCUCAACAUUUGUGAGGUCAUUGCUGCUGGAUUCAGCCCAGAGACUUGAAAAGCUACGUCACAGUCUGAUUACAUCUAAGUCUAAAGAGAAAAGACUGCCACUGCAAUCUCUGUCCUCUUUAAGAGCCAAGCUAUUGCAGCAUCAUCAAAACCAAAGUUCUACCUUUUCUGCCAUUCCCAAAUUUCUGCAAGAAGAGGAAGGAGAUGUAACAGACUUACAGGAUUAUGAUGAUGAAUCUGAUGAUGACAAGCACUUUCAAAGUCAUUCUUUUAUUUUGGGGAGCCAAAAAUCAAAUGCCUCCUUUAGUGAUGAAGGCAGGUUGGAAUUUGCAUCAAUGUUUGACACAAUUCAUGCUGUGGAUGGAACUGGAGAAAAAGAUGAUACAUCUUUGGAACUGAACUGUAUCCAAAAAAAUCUGAUUGCAGCUUGGAGAAUAGGGAUUUCAAGAAGUGUACAAGAAAGAGAAAUAUUAUUAAAUUGUACCGUACGUUGCAUUACACACUACUUCAGCAUUCUUCAGUAUGCAAAACUUAAUCUUUCGCAUUCAAAUAACCCUGACAAGAAUUGCCCAUGGAUACAGUGCAUCUUAAAAUAUUUCCAGCAACUUUUGACUGUCCUGAGUUGGGAGGGUAAACACAGACAAAUCCUGGGGCAUUUGAACAAGCUAACGUUGCAGACCUUAAAAUUGAUACUAAUGGAACAAGAUGAUCAACCUGUCUCCAGUAAUCUUCUGGGAAGCUUCUCUUUGUUGAAGAUGGUUGGUAAUUAUCUAAAAGGCAAAAACACACCACAGUAUGAGGUGGCAUUCCUCGAUGGUGAUAAUAAUGUGGAGCUAGAUUCCCUCUUUGUGCCUCUAUUUCAACCUACGGAUUGGAGCAGCCAUCAAAAUUUUAGUAUAUUGAAUUCCAUACUAAACGUCUCCCCUCCAGCAGUAAACUUGACUGAAAAUUGUGAAAGAAGGUUAACGGUAAUGUGGCGAUUACUGUAUAAGUACGUCCUUUGGAAUCGGGUGCAGCUGAAAAGGAAGGUCCAUAACUCAUGUGAGCCAGUAACUCAAAUACAAAUUGCACAUGAAAAGCAAGUGACUGAAGCACUUGCUAGUCACAUACAGGCAAUCUUACAGUCUUUAGGAGCAAGACUGGAACAAACACUAAAACUCAGUGCUGUGAAUGGUGAGGAGCAAUUUCUAAUAGGAUCUUAUAAAGAGUCUGAGGAGGCAUGGAAGAAAAUUCUUCAAGAAACAAAAGGAAAAGGAAGAAAGAGAACCCCUUACCUUCAAACUCGAUGUUAUCUUGCUAUAUUAUAUUGUCAUCUAUAUCACUACAACAUAAGUGAGGCUCAGGGUCUGUGUGAUCAUCUAGUGAGCGAGCUACUAAAACGGGCUCAAAUUUCUGUAAGAGAAAUGGAUGGCAUGUCAGAUGCUGAGCAGAUAAGAGAUGUUCAUACUGAGGCUGCUCUGGCAGUGAUUCGGUCUCUGGGACGAUUCAUGGCAGCCUACUUCACUAAUGAGUUGCUUUAUGUGCUUCCUCCACAUCAUAUUGCUGUUUUGCCCCCACUUCACAUCAAGCCAGAUAGGUGUUCUCGUAUUGUUCCACUGCAGCACUCCAUAGUCACCAAUGCAGUUACAGACCAAGGCCUCUCUUGUGUUUGGACAGUUGAAUAUGCUCUUGAUCUGUUGCUUGUUGGUGGACUAAUUCCAGAAGCUGUGUGGCUAGCACAUAAACUUGGAGACUGGAAAAUGGCUGUUUCAAUUGGGGUGGUUUAUAAUCUGUAUUGUCAAAGUCACGAUGGCUUCCCAAGGUCUGAGAAAGUAGAGCUGUCCUUGCCAUUGCACUUGACGCCAACUCAGCUCUUUCAAGAAAAACUGCAGUCCUAUUUGGGUCAGCUUGUCCAGAAUGAAACAUCAAAUCAAGGAGAUCCUAAAUACAAACAACUUACAGAUCCUAUUGAAGAGGAAGAUGCAAAUAUGCUUUUUAAUUCAGUUGAAGAAAUACUGAAAGCAGCGGUUAUGGCAGAAGCAGAUAUUCUCUCAGAGACAUUUCAGCUUUUGGUGGACUCUGCCAAGGAUCUUAGCAGAAAAUUUAAUGGUUUGGUGCCUGAUGGCUUAUAUCUUCCUGCACCACCCUUAUACUGUCCUCAGCCAGCAUUUCUUAGUGAAGAAGAAUAUACAGAUUUACCAUUAAAAAUUGAGAGAGACUAUCGGCAGAAGGUUUCCGGGGUUGUUCAACGGGUUCUUCUGCUUUUCCGGGCUGCUCAUUGCUCUUUCCCUGCUGCUCAGUGGUAUAUUGCACAGUUGAAACGGGCACGGAAAAUAAUGCAAAAGAUUCGCAAGAAAGGUGCUCUUGCUUCUUUAAGUGCUCUUCCAGAAAACUUGCUUAAUUAUUGCAAGUACUAUUCAGCAUUUUUUAGGCCUACAUCUUCAGGAGACCAUGGCAUUGAUGUUGUUUUGUGUAAAACAAUAGGGUGCUUUAGGGAAUUGUGUGCAUUGUGUUGGAUGCUUCAUGUUCGUGAAAGGUUAUCAGAGAGUUGCAGGCAGUACCAAGCUGCAAGAGAGAAUUUGGAGAAUCAGAAAGAAUGCAAGAGGACUGAAUUUGAUGCCUGUAUAGUUGAGCACUGCCUCAGUGCUUUGGAAUGGGCUUGUCGUAUGCUCCCUUUUGCUAGGUUCAUGAAUGUUGAAGAACUUGUCCAGGAUAUUAUUCUAAGUCUUACUGGAGAAUUGCCACCAACUAAAAAGGUGGCAGAGAUUUUGGUGAAAGCAUUUCCUAACCUCGAAGAUGUAAGAGUUCCAUUAAGAGAGAAAUAUAAUGCUCUGCACCAGCGACUUAGACACUGCAUUGUCAAAGGCCCCAGCAGUGAAGAAAUGAUGUCCGUUGUUAUACAGGCUGCUCAGAAAGUAAAUCUGAAAGCACUGAAGCGUGUGACAAGGAAUAUAGGACCCUAUCAAAGAAGCAUCUGGGAACCAGCAGAAGAGGAGAUCCAAGAUCCUGGCACAUAUUGCUAUGACAGAUUAUCUUUAGGGACUAGUUUAAGCAGAAGCACAAUUUCAGAUUUCGGAAACCCUCAGGUUUACAGUGAUGCUGAAACAACAGACUCAAUCUCUGAAGCUGUGUUAAUGUAUGAAACAAGAAACCAUAUUCCUUCUCAGAUGCAAGAAGACUACAAGGAACUUCCUAACUGUGCAGGAGAGUUUACAGGAUAUAAAGAAACUAAUGAAAAGUUAAAAGAGUUCAAUGUGGAAAGAAGGGAUAACAAAAGAGAGAACAAUGAAGGCUUACCCAGUCAGCAUGUUUUGCCUCUGGUUGGUGAAUGGGAAUUUGAACGCGAUGAUGAUGAUUACAUUAAGUUUUUGGAUCUCUUUUUGACUUACAUGCUUGAAAGAGAUCUGAUCAAUUUGAGUGUGAGUUCUGCAGUUCCUUUUCUUACAAGUUUUUCAGCACUUCUUAGAGAACAUGAACUCAACUCUCUCCUUUUUGAUGUUCAUACAACACUGAAACGUCGACAGAUUGGAGCUAAAGGCCAAAAUGUGUUCAGGGCAGGCUCUUCUUACACCCUUAUUUUUGAGUCCAGCGUUUCUAAACCAGCUUCUUUAUUUGAUGAAAAGGAAAAAGAUUUUCAAAAACAAACUUUGCCAGUCUCCAUUCAACAAUCAGCUAAGCCUUCUGACCAUGCCUCAACAGUGAGACUUGCUGCAAGAAGAGGAUUAUUUGGUCGGUGCCAGCAGUUGACAUAUGGAGCACAUGAUUCCAGUAAAGAAAUCACUCUUACUCCAGUAUUAACUCAGCAUUUGUUGGAACAAGCUUCUUCUAUCCCCCAAAUGGAUCUAGCUCAUAAAUAUAUCUACAAAGCGGUUCAGAUGAAUGAUGUUCUACCAAGAGAGGAGCCAACUCCAGAAAUGAAGUAUAUGUUUCACAAUGUUGCACGUUUGCUUGAAUGGAUGAUCAGAUGGUCUGAUCGGAGGCUACUUUAUGAUCCUGUCUCAACAGAACCAUUUCAGGAAUGCCAGCCAAUGAUGCAUGUAAAAGCAUCUGCAGCUGCUAUACUCACAUCAUUGUGGCUUUUAGAACAACAGUACUGCAACAAAACACAAGACCAAAGCCAACACAUUCAAAAUCCACAGGAACAAUAUGCAAGUGCCCAUUUUUCAGAUGUUAGAUCCAAAGUAGAGAAAGAAAGCAGUGUGGAUACAGGCUAUUCUCCAUCAGCUGAGACCCCAGUUGGUAUCCAAGAUGGAAAUGCUUAUUGUGAACCUUGUCAAAGUGCUCCGAGAACAUUUCAUGAAAAGCAAGCUAAAAAUAAAGAAAUUACUUUCAAGGAUCAUUAUGUAAUGUAUAACACAGAGGUUGAAGGAACAGAUUAUGAUGAAGGUUUGAGAGAAGAAAUUGGAGAAUACAUAUCAGAUGAAGUAGAUGUGACAUCCGAAAAUGAAGAGAACUGUGAAGAUCCAUUUGUAGCUUCAAGAAGUCCCACCAUUUCUGUUAGCAUUAAAUCAGUACAAAAGAAAAAAGAGCAACUUUCUUCACCAGAUGUCAAAUGUCCAGAGGAAGAAUUGGUGAUGGAGAUGUUGGAGGGGGAAAUGACCACACUGGAUGGUUCUACCUGUGAAGUAAUCUCCAACAACAUUCCUCGUCCAUUCUGUUCUGAACUGAAAGCAAGAACUCCUAGCACAGAGAACUCUGCCUCAGAUGAUCCGCCUUCUUUCACUGUUGUGUCAAGUGUUCCUUCUAGCAGUCCUGCUGCUCCAAAGAAAGAAGAGUGUGAGGCAAGAGAGACUCCAGCACAGCCACUGAACACAUCAGAUGGUGUCAGGCAAAUGCUCCAAGAUGAAAUGUUUAAACUGAUUCAGCUGCAGCAAAUCAACUUUAUGAGCCUCAUGCAAGUGGUAGGAUCAUCCUUUGCCAGCCUGCCAAAUAUGUUACAGCAGCUGCAGCAGUCACAGCCCUAUCAUUUGGGAAGAAGCCAGGCUUCAAACACUGGAGGGACUGAUGCCGAUAGGUCUCUCCCCAAACAUACAGCAGAUGGCUCUCCAAAAAAACAGAUGCCCACUCUAGAAAACACUUGGAAUUGUAAUAAGACAAACAUCAGGCCUCAGGAAAAAGGCAACCUGCAUGAUCAAAGCCAGAAGGGAAGUGUGCAAAAUCUUUCACACAUUAGUGAUUCUUCGAGCUUACCAGAGAGCCAGCCCAUUGGAACAAGGCUGAUUCCACCAGUACAAGACUUGCUUGAUCGGAUUCCAGCCAUGUCACUACCUCUGUUAUCUGCUCCCCUUAAUGCUGAGAAGAAACCAAAGCUUAUUCCAAUGGCAAAACCCUCAAAUACUGCCAAUGGAUUGCCUUUGCUUAAACUUACACCGGACUACCUGUUCCAGUCACUCACUAUCUGCCCAGUAAAAACCCCACAAGCUUUCCUUGGUCCUCUCCCACACCCAAAAGAAGCCUGGGGUCCUCCUCCACCACCUCCCCAUCCUCUAAUAAAGAACCUUCAAGGUUCACAGACAGCAGGGCACAAAAAGGGAACAACAGCGCACCUAAAUUUGAGCUGCUUUGAUCCUGAGGUUAUAAGGCAAGCGCAAGAACAGGAGAGCCGUCGGGCAGAAACUAUAAAUAAAGAGCCGCCCAGACAUCUUAAUCUGGAACUGUAUGAAAAAAAGGAAAAUGUGGCACCUUUACAGCACCUUCAUGCACAUCUAAAGGCAGAGAAACCACUGUCUGAGCAUACCUUACCCUCUUGUAAGAUGCAUGAGAAUUUUGCUCCAGUUCCUCUGCUGCGUUUGCAGCAAUCCAAAUGCCCAUCAGCUUCAGUGCCUCUCAAACUUACAGGAAAGGACAUGGAUUCUAGAGACCCCUUGCAGCCCACAGGAAUACCAUUGCUUUAUGCUAAUUUGACUCCACUUACCAAGUUUCCAACACCAAAGCUCAUCCCACUUCAAACUCUCGUUGCGUAUGAGCAAAGCCAGCAGAUUUUCCGAGUCCCACAGGUUAGGCAUAAAGGCCACCCCGAACCAAUUCAGUUAUUAAAAGCAAAUGUUAAACUGUUUGAAGCAAGGCAAGGAAGGCAUAGUAAAAAAAGGCAGAAGAGGCGUGCUGAGAAACAGAUCAAGGAGAAGGAAGAAAUGAAGAAAGCCACUGUGACUUUUCAACAAGAUGAUUCUACUAUUUUAGCUGGUAUUGCAGAGAAAGCAAAGGAUAACCAAGCAGUAUCCCGCUAUGAUUUCAGUGAUGGCAUAUCCCGAUUGGACCCAGAGGCAGCUAUGUCUUCAGCAGGGCUGCAUUACUUGGCUUCUGUAAGAAAAAGGCCCACAGAGCUUCAAGAUGCUACCACAAAUACUGAAACUGUUCUGAAAUCACAUCAGGAUGUGCAAACUCUCUCAGAAGAAAUAGUUUCUGUGCCUACUAAAAACCAACCAAUCAUCUCUACUUCUGCAUCAGAGUCACCACCUCCAUGUAUUCCUCAGAUGUUGCCCCCAGAUCUGUACUUGAAUCUCAGAUUCCCCACUGAAGCAACACAGAAGCCUUUGCCAUCCUCCUUACCUGAUAAUAAAUUUGAUUUGGUUGGCCGGAAGUAUAUCAAUGUGAUUGAUAUAGAAAAUGCUGAUCUUCUGAAAAACUUGCCGGAUAUAUCUGCUUCAAAACACAUUACCACACACACUGAGAAGACUGAAUUACCAACUUCUGCAAAACUUCAUCACAUGGCGGCAUCUGUUACCAAUGCAAUUUCACCUGAAGAAUUUGAGGAAGAAGGUGAUGCUCUUCAAACUGAGUCAUUCCAAAUCCCACCACAGAGAGAAAAGAUAGGAACUGCUGGUGAUCAUGUAACCCGGAGUCUCCUAUGUGAUGAGUUCAGCACUGAUACCUCCACAGGGGUAUUAGCCAAAAGCAUUAGCAGACAGCACUUUUCUGCCAAGCUACAGGAAAUGGAUAGACAGCUCUUGACCAUCCAGAACAUGGCAGAAAAAAUUGAGGAGGAAUUUAGCAAUACUAAAUUGCUUGUGAAAACGGUAGAAAAAGUAGGUGCCGUAGCUGAUCCAGGAGCAGAAGAAAUUUCAUAUUUUGCACCAGGUGUUAAGCUUUGCAAAGAAGAACGUUAUUCAGCCCAUGUACUUAUGGAGGAUUUUACAGAGGAGGAAGAGAGUUUAGAUCCUGAAUCCUCUCGGACCAAUUAUAAUGCCUUGCAAACAUCCUCUGUUUCUCAUUCAACAUCGAUUGUUAAUCUUCCCAGUGUCAAAAAGUCAUCUUCCGAUAUUAAUUACAGAAGAGAAGAACUGGAUGAGAGUUUUUCUGAAGAUCCCCUACAGAUUACUGGCUUCAGUGGUGUUACUGAUAUCAUUACUGAUCUUGUUGUGGAAAGUGGCGUUUCGGCUGCAGAACUGGGCCUCACAGAAGUACAGGCAAAAAAAAUUUCCAGCUUCUCAAGUGUUAUAAAUGGACAUUCAUGUAAAACAGAAAGGAAUAAAAAAGAGUUGCAAACCUGGAUGAAAAGAAAGCGAAAGGAAAGAUUAGCUGAAUAUCUGCAGACACUGGCUGAACAAAGGGAAAAAGAGCACAACCCAUUUCAUUUAAGAAAACCUAUGCAAUUUGGACUUACGUCACGAGAAAUUAAGUUGCAGCAGAAAAAGAAAGAUGAAAAGGAUAAAGCCUUGUUAUCUGAGCAUCAUAAUCGUAGAGUCUUCCAAGCCCUUACUCUGAUGCAUGAGAUGUUAUCUGACACAGUGCAACUUCCUUCAAGUGAACAUAGACCAUUGUCCAAGACAAGAUCACCUCAAGAUUCCAAGCAAUCACACAUCACUUCUGCCAAAGGAAAUUAUCUUGGGAGCUACCAAGCUGCAAGGAACAAGGCUACUGACAAAGUUGGCUUGGGUCAGACAAGAUCCUUUUCUAGUAUAUCUUGCGACAUAACUCAGAGGAAAGGCCGAAUAUCCCACACUCCUUACAGAAGAACAGCAUCAGAAUCAUGCCGUGCGGAGAGGUGGUGGAAAAGCAGUCGCCAUCAGAGGCAGCAUUCGAGUAGCAAGCUUGACUUGAGAAGUCAAGCUUCUGAUCAAACAAGACAACCGGUGAGUCCAAGCAGGCUCCCCACCACUGACACAGCAAACUGGGCAAAUGAGGAGAGUGAAGAAGAUGCAGUGAGUGUCUGGAGUGUCCCUGAUGACAUCCAGGAGAUACUGUAUGGCAAUUCCCAUUUUGAGGAGUCUUUACCUCAAGAAGAUCAUUACUCUCUUGCUAGCCUUAGUAACAUUGAUAGUGUCUCUGAAAGCACCAGCAGUAUCCUCAGCAAGCUUGACUGGAAUGCAGUGGACGCUAUGGUGGCAAACAUGGAAGAAAAAUAAAGUGCAUAGCAGCCCAGAAACUAUGGUUUUAAAGCACAAUUAGGUUUCAAACAAUAUGGGAAACCCAUCACCAGUUAAAUGUCAUGGAAAUAUACCAUCAAGUUCACAGCAAGGACCAAUCUUGUACUUCAUUCUGAAGGCAAGAUGAUAUAGCAAAACUCUGAGGAAAUAAAUCUUCUUCCCUUCAAAUCAGUAUGCUGGGAUCAGAUCAAUAUGAAAGCCAAAUUUGUGGAACUAUACGGAACAGUACAAAUACCAAGUCUGCUAAGGCUUCUGCGAACAUACAGAUGUUAAAUAAAUCUGGCAAACAAGGCUCUUGUUAAUUUUUUAUUUGUGAAAGUAAUAGUGCAUUCAGAACAGGAUUUAAAUGGUCAGAUUUGUGCAUUCAUUUAAGGACUACAGGUAACUGUUGUCUAAGAUACUGAGUUUUGUAUUUUUCAAACAGCUGUGUGCAUUUAAUAAAAUGUUUUACUUUUGUAAGCUG